CUGUGGGCUCUAAGAGGGCCACUUUUUAGCAAGCCCGUUAUAGAUUCGGCCAGGUCCACAACGGACGGCCGGGCGGCAAGGGACAGGAUCAACCAGAAAAACAUCUGGGGUUUUUCGAUCCGACAGGAAUCGAUACCGGAUCCCCAGGGCAGUAGACUACCAACUCUCUUGGCUUUGUCAAUAGUUUGAUACCUUAGCUCCUUUUAUGGAUAUACUUAAAUAUUACCUGUUAAUAAAACGAAUAGAUAAUGCUUAGGACAAACGAUAUUAAGUCCGACAUAUAGCCGAUAUUGACGUAGUCAAAACCACUCAAUACAAAGUCGAAGAGACUUAAGAAUUGACACUUUAAAUUAAUUAACCGAACUCAUCAGCAUUAAAAUGCCUAUCCUCCCUCGUCAAAUCUACUUCGCAUUAAAGCAGACUUGGCAUAAACAGAUAGCGUAAUAACGAGGUUUGAAUGGUUUUUUGGAUUGUUGACUAUACAGUACUGCGUAUAUCGUUGAUAUAUUUCUUUUCGUAAAAAUAUGAUAAUCUGUAUAGUCAAACCUCUAUUUAGCGAACUCCAUUGAUCUUAAAUAGGUACUGUACUUUACUAAAUCAAAUGCGGUGCUAAACCAAAGUGCCUUAGAUGAUCUAAAAUGAGUUGGAGUUUGAAAGACACGUGAUUUACUGAUAAUGUCGUUUACAAUGCACAAUCGUACAUUUAUCAAUUCACAAAUAGUGAGGUGUUUUUUAAUAUUUAUGGAGAUUCGUUUGGAAUAUUCAUUGUCACUUUAUGGGGGUGACACUACCUAGGAGAGCGUUAUACAGAGUGGGAGUCCAUUAUUAAUAUGGCUAUGGCUCGACAACAAGAACUGAUAUCUGAUGAAUCGCCAAAAGAGGGGAUCAAUACAGAUAAUAAUGCAUUAAGAACAGAAUCCAAGAGGAAAAAGUUUCGACCUUUUCGAGCUGUCAGAAAUAUGUUUCGCAAGAGAAUGAGAAGGCAGGGAUCAGAAAAUUUGCAGGAUUAUAAAAAAUCGCGUUCAACUACAGAAUUGCAAAGUGAUCAGGAAGGAAGUAGAAGAUUUUCAAGUCCAAAUUCUUCAUAUACUGUUGGUUUAAGUGUGUCUCAUGAUAGUAUCUUUUCUCCUGAUCAUGUUACUACAUCAUUGGAUCCACAAGAGUUGCGUAAUAUUCAUGGAUUUCUUUCUGUUCAACAUGUGGAACUAAAAGAUUUGAAGACUGAAUUAUUUGCUCGAGUACGAGCUAGGAGAGAUUCAGAUGAUGAAGAUGCUGGAUUACCUCAUAGUCCAUGUACUAGUCCUACUACUGCUGAUAUUUUAUCACAGAAUCUAAAGUCUAAAGGCGGGAUAUCGCAUACCACUUGUAGUGCUGGAAGUUUGAUAAGUAUGGGAAGCUCUGAAAAUGAUGAGGAUUUGACUGGACAAACUCUUUCCAGCCAUUCAUCAAGAAUGUCAUUGUCUGAUAGAAAAUUUGCAGACUCAGAUGAUGCUGAUGUUAGUCAGUCUGUGCCUUUGAGUCAUAAGGCAGCACGUCAUAAAAUUGCAGUUAGACCAAAACGCACACACGGUUUACCUCGUCACAGAAAGCAGCAGCUUGCUGCUUCUGGCCUUGGAAGUUUACCAUCUACACCUGAAAUUAGUGAAGACAGUGGAAGACCAUCUUCUGAUUCUUUGCAAUCAAGCAAAAUAUUUUUUGAUGAAUUUGAAAAUUCUAGUGAAGGUAUCAAUAUGGAAUUUAUUCCUACUAGUCCAAUUUUUAAUGACAUGAAGAGUGAAAACAUGAUUUUGAGUGAUUCUUCAAAAUCAUCACCUGAAAGCCCAGAAGAAAAUUCAAUAUCUCAAAUAUCAAAUACUUCAAAUAACUCAAAUCAAGAUAUGAUUCAAAAUUUAUUAUCACCAUUAGCAGUUUCUCCAAAAUGGAAUAUUACUGAAUCCUUGGACAGUACAUUUGAUAAAUUAGAGAAAGAAUGCAUCUUGUCUGAUUCUGAAAACAUUGAGAAAAAUUCAUAUGGAUGUAAUGAAAUAAACUCUGAAAUUAAUAUUGAAAAUUAUAAUGAUAAUAAUACAAAUAAUUCUGAAGAGAAAAAUGGAAAAGAAGCCAAAGAAGUAUUUGCCCUUUGGGGUGUAAAAAUGCGAAGAAACUCUGAUAUUGAAAAAAAUGAAAAAUAUGUAAAAGAAGAAAAAGAUGACCAAGUUAUAGAAGAACCUUUUCUAAGUCGAUGGUUUGGGUCUCGUAGAAGUAGUCAUAAAAUUAAAAAAAAUAAUGAUAAUGAAUGUGUUUCAUCACAUAAGGAAACAAAUGAACAUGUUUUAAAUGAUUCAUCAAAAUCACCUAGAGACUAUAAUAUCUGUGAUGGAAUGAAUUCAUCAAACAAGAUAGAGAAAAAAAAUUUAUUUUUAAAUUUAAAUUCUUCUAAAGUUAGUAAUGAACAAACUUUCAAACAUUUUAUUUCACAUGCAUUUCAAAGUAGUCAAAAUGAAAAACAUCUAGAACAGAGUACUACACCUAAAUUUAAAUUAGAAUAUGGUUUUAAGCAAGUUUCAAGUACUACAAGUAAACAAGUUGUAAAAAGUUCAAGUGAUAACUGUGUAAAUUAUUCUCUCAUCAGUAACACUAAAGACCAAAGAGAGAGCAAAAAUUAUCAAAAUAAAGAAGUAAAAACAUCAGAAAAUUCACCUCAAACAGACAAAGAAUCAUUUUUAUCAAAAACUUCAUCCAAUUUUACAACUUGGGCAGAUCUUAAACGAGUGCAAAAGGAAAAACAGGAAUCCACAUAUAAUUUAACACAAAACAAUGCCAAUGAGGAAGUACAGGAAAAGAAUUUUGAAAUUGAAAAUAUAAGCAAAGAAUCCCAAGAUGAAAUUUCAUCACCAAGUAAUUUAACACCAAUUUCUACUUAUAAAAAUUCCAUUACUGAAAGUAAUGUUAGUCAGCAAAAACAAAAUCUUAAAAAUACAAGUACUUUCAAAGAAGAAAGUUCAUUAACUCAAACUGAUAAAGAAACCAAAGAAUCUGAGUCUGAAAAAGUUGAAUUAAUUUUGAAUGAAGAACAAAGCAAAGCUUAUAAUACUAAAAAUCAGAAUUCAUUGAAUAAAUUAAAUGGUGAGAACAGUGAUAACAAUGUGAAAAGAAGUCCAAAUCAAAAAACAGAUAAUGUAAUAUCUCCAAUAAGGACAUGGCAAGAUUCAAUAAAUGUACUUGAUUCAAACAAUAUUACAAAUCAAAUCAGUUCAGCUCCCAAUCAUGAAGUAUUUUCUGAAAUUACUUCAAAUAAUAAAACAGCAGGAACCAAUAAUAGUAAAUAUAAAUCAAAAGAAAUAAAAAGCACUAAUUCAAUUUCUAAAGCAGAUUUACCUCAAUUUGCCAUUACUUCUAAUAGUAAUAUAUUAAAAACAAAUACUAAUGAAAUGCAAACAACUACAGUAAGAAAGAUAACAGAAAAUGCAGUUCAAACAAAUCAAAUUAACAAAGAAUUGGUGUCACCUAAGAAUGAAACAGAACUUAAAAAAGAAGUAAAUGGAAAACACUUUCAAGAGACUCAUACUUCUCUUCCACAAAACUCUGAAUUGUUUCAUGUAUUUGCAAGACGCUCUAUCAAACAGAAACAUAUAGAUAAAGAAAAAUCCAAAAAUUCAAUCAAUGACUCUUCAAAUGGUAAAAGUGUUAAAAAUAAUUUAAAUACAGAAAAUACUUCAAACUCUAUCUUAAAAGACAGUGAUAAAAAUAUACCUGAUUCAAAAUUUCAAAAGGAAAAAAAUAACAUUGCACAGGACACAUCAUUAGUAUCUAAUGGUGUGAAUAUGGAUAAUAAUCACUCAGGAGAAAUUAAUUCAGAAGUGAAGACUGCUCCUACUUGUAAAUCUGGUGAAAAAGAUACGAAUCAAGAUAUAUCAUCUAGACCUAGAAGUAACACAAAUACUGAUAGUAAUUCAACAAAUAAUUCAGUAUCAGAAAUGCGAACAAGAAAAGCCAGUGUUCCCGAAAGUACAAAGAAAUCAUUUUUAAAAAAUAAACAAGAUAGCUGUGAUGAUGUUAAAACACCAAGAUCAGUUAAUGAGAGAGACAAAUCAAAAUCAUUCAAAUUAAGUAAUUCUCGCAAUUCUUCACAAGAUACAAAAGGUAUUGAAGAAAAUCAACAACCAGCUUGGUUAAGACUUGCACAACAAAGACGUGAACAGCGCGAACAGAAAGAAAAACAGCUGUAUGGAUCAUCAUCUCCAUCAGGAAAUGAGAAUAAUGGUAAACCAUCUCGUUCAACUAAAGUUUUAGAUAUGGUCAGCAACUUUCAAAAAUUGCAGAUGACAUAAUUUGCAUGAUGUAACCAAGGUGCUCACUUCAAGAACAUAUUUGGAUGAGAAGUUUCUCUACUUUAAAAAUUUUGCUUAAAUAUGUUGUAUAAAAUAUAAUUGAUAUAAUUAAAUAUAAAAAUUUAUUUAUAUUUGAUAGUUUAGUAUUUAAAUAUUA